AGAACGCCAAUACCAAAAAUUAAAAGAAUGAUAGAAGCAAUUAAAGAAAAUGAAUAUUUAGAAAAACUUUCACUUGCAAAUAUGGGUUUAUAUGAUAUGGAUUUGGAACCCUUAAUUGAAGUUAUUAAACAAAAUACAAAUUUGCGUUGUUUAAAUUUAGAAACAAAUUAUUUAAGCGGAGAUUUUUUUUCGAAAUUAUUUAAGGCUGCUUUAAAUAAUCAAUCUCUGGAGGAAAUUAAGGCUGUUAAUCAAGGUGUAGCUUUUUCAACACAAACAGAAAGAGAAAUUAUUGAGGCAAUAAUGCAAAAUCGGGGUCUUACAAAAGUUAGUAUCAAUUUAAGAUUGCCUGAAGGACGAUUUAAAGUAGAACAAGCUACUAUUAGAAAUCAGGAAAUUAGAAGAAUUCUUCGACGUCAAAUGUUGGCCGAACAAAAAGCUGCUGCAGAAGAACAGAAACCUAAAUCCCCAACAAAAAUACUUCCCAAAAAAGAAGAAAAACCAAAAGAAGAAAAGAAAACAUUAAAAAGGCAACCUAGUGGGGCUGCAGCAGAAUUAGCUAAACAACAUAUUCCUGCAAAAUUGGCAAUUGCUGGUGUUAAUACACCAAGGCCUAGUACUUCUGAAUCUGAACCUAUUUAUUUGGAGAAAAAGACAGCAGUUAGAGAACGUGCACGCGAAGCAGACGAAAAAUCCAAAAAGCCUUAUGAAAAAAAUGCAGAAAGGGCUAUUUUGGCAGAAAAGUCAAAACAAAAGAAUGCUGCUGCAACAGCUUCCAAAUGGCCUCCAAAUUCCCGGCUUAAAAGCAAAGAUUCUAAAGAUGAAGAGGAACAACCUAAACCUACAAGAGUACUAAAAAAACAACCAAAUAUCGAGAAAGACCACCAGAAAGAAGAAUUAACAAAAAAUAAAAUUCCAAGUUGGAGGGACAGAAUGGCUAAAAGAGAAAGCGAAGAUUUAACAGAAAAUAUUCCAAAAACUUCUUUGGCAUUACGAAAUAAAUUUGAGAAAAUGGGGUCUAAAGAAAAUGGGGAAGAAGAAAAGAAAUUGGUGAUAAAAAAGAAGGAAAAUAAAGGAGGGGAAAAAUUAGUAGAAAAUGUUAAAGCUAAAUUACAGCAACAAACAUCUUUAAGUAAAAAAAGUAUUUCUUCUGUUGAAUCUUUUGAUGAAGAAAAGAAAAAUAUUAAAAAUAUUGGUGGAGGAGGAGGAAAUUUAAAUAAUAAUUUGAAAAAUAAAAAUUUGGCAAACUCAACAGACAAACAAAUACUAACAACAAGAAAACUAAGCAAAUCCCCUCCCAAAUCCCCUCCCAAAAAACAAAAUAUAAUUCCCCCUCCAGUUGCCAAAAAAACAUUUAAAAUACCCGAAGAAAACAACACCACCAAACCUUCUUUAAAUGAAAAUUCUUCACCAAUUAAAAAACAACCAAUUGAAGACAAACAACAAAAUAAACCUUCGACUACCGGUUAUACUCCUUCUUGGCGUAAAAAAUGA